AUGUCAAACCAAAUUCGCACCAUCAACCCCGCGACCCACGAGGUCAUCUUCGAUAAGCCAGGUACUUCUCUGGAAGAAGCUGGCAAGAUCGCCACCGCCUCGAAGCAGGCAUUCCAGUCUUGGCGCGCCGUGAGCCUGGAAGAUAGAACCGCGAUUGUCAAGCGCGCUCUGGAAAUCAUUGACUCUCGCAUUGAUGAGUUGGCGAAGGAAUUGACUACGCAGAUGGGCAGGCCUAUUCGCUACUGUGCUGGAGAGAUUAAGACUGCCGCGCUGCGUGCGGAGCAUAUGAUCAAGAUUGCGAAGCAGAGUCUGGCGGAUUUGCCUGGUGAGCCUCAGGACGGGUUUAGACGGAUGGUUAAGCAAGUUCCUCUGGGUCCUAUUCUUAUUGCGUCUGCUUGGAAUUAUCCGUACCUCACAACUGUGAAUGCUCUCGUCCCUGCUUUGUUAGCGGGUAACACUGUGCUUUUGCGCCCAUCCCCUCAGACUCCUCUUCUCGGUGAUAGGCUAUCCGAGAUCUUCACCGAGGCAGGACUCCCCAAGAACGUCCUCGAGGUCUUGCAGAUCGGAAAUUUGGAUGUCCUGGACCAAAUUGCCCAGCUGCCGGAGGUCCAGUCCGUUUCUUUCACCGGAUCAACUGCUGGUGGUAUCCGUCUUCGCGAAGCAACUGCCAAGCAGAUCAAGCCUGUGAACUUGGAACUCGGUGGUAACGAUCCCGCUUAUGUGCGUCCUGACGUGGACGUCAAGAAUGCCGCGGAGAACCUUGUCGAUGGAGCUAUCUUCAACUCUGGACAGAGCUGCUGCUCCGUUGAGCGUGUUUAUGUUCAUGAGAAGAUUUACGAUGACUUUGUUCGCUAUGUGCAGGAGGAACUUAAGGGAUACAAGCUCGGAGACCCCCAUGACCAAACCACCACAACCGGCCCAGUCAUCUCCGCACCCGCCAAAGAAAAGAUCCAAUCCCACAUCGACGACGCCCUGAAGAAGGGAGCCAUCGACGCUACCCCAGAGAACGCGUCGUUCUCCCUCGCCAAGACAAGCCAGAAGGGUAACUUCCUGGCACCCGUCGUUCUGACAAACGUGAACCACGACAUGGUCACCAUGAAGGAGGAGACCUUCGGCCCCGUCAUGCCCAUUAUGAAGGUCUCCAGCGAUGAAGAAGCUGUUGCUUUGAUGAAUGACAGCGAUUACGGUUUGACGGCUAGUGUCUGGACGAAGGAUAUGGCUCGUGGUGAAGAGUUGAUUGAGCAGAUUGAGGCUGGUACGGUGUUUAUUAACCGUUGUGAUUAUCCUGCUCCAGAUCUCGCUUGGACUGGUUGGAAGACUUCCGGUUUGGGAUCUACACUUGGUCCCCGUGGUUAUGACGGGUUCGUGAAGUUGAAGAGUUAUCAUAUUAAAGAUGCUUCUGCUUAA